GCAUCUACUCUGAAUACACCGUGGCACCUGCAACAUUCCAAUUCUGUGAACAGAGACAAAAAAGUAUCACAGAUUACGUGGGCUUGGAGAUGGGUUGUCUCUGGGUCACUCUAGCAGUGACACUGCUCAGCACCACAAUAUGUCAGGAUUAUGAAUAUCGCUUCUACGGUGAAUCUGAACCAGACUAUGACCGUUAUACGGAAACUCAGCCAGAAUAUGACCGUUCUCCUCAGCAUCAGGUGGAUUAUAGCCGCUUAGCUGAAAUAGAUCCAGACUAUGACCGCUCUCCCCAGCAUCAGGUGGAUUUCAGGCGUUUAGCUGAAAUAGAUUCAGACUAUGACCGCUCUCCCCAGCAUCAGGUGGAUUUCAGGCGUGUAGCUGAAAUGCAUCCAGACUAUGACCGCUCUUCCCAACAUCAAGUGGAUUACAGGCAUUUAGCUGAAAUAGAGCCAGACUAUGACCGCUCUCCCCAGCAUCAGGUGGAUUUCAGGCGUGUAGCUGAAAUGCAUCCAGACUAUGACCGCUCUCCCCAGCAUCAGGUGGAUGUCAGGCGUUUAGCUGAAAUAGAUCCAGACUAUGACCACUCUCCCCAGUAUCAGGUGGAUUUCAGGCGUGUAGCUGAAAUGCAUCCAGACUAUGACCGCUCUUCCCAGUAUCAGGUGGAUUACAGUCGUUUACCUGAACUGCAUCCAGACUAUGACCGCUAUAUAGAACCACAGCCAGAAUACAACAGCUAUGGUCAACACCAGCCAUAUUAUGAGAGCUAUGCUCACCAGCAGCUGGACUAUGAUAGUUAUGUUCAGCCCUCCAAUCCGGUGAUUCCCCAGUGUGCUUUGGAGUGUGACUGUCCCAUCGAUUUCCCCAGUGCUAUGUACUGUGAUGACCGCAAUCUCCACUUCAUCCCACUAGUACCCUCUGGUAUCAAAUACCUCUAUCUGCAGAACAACGUGAUACAGGAAGUAAAAGCUAAUGUCUUUGACAAUGCUACUGACCUCCUGUGGCUCAUCCUUGAUCAUAACCAUAUCACAAGUGAAAACAUUGAGAAGGGAUCUUUUGACAAGUUAGAUAAUCUUCAGAAGCUGUUCUUCAGCUAUAAUAACCUGACAGAGCCAGUGGAACCCCUGGCUAAGUCCUUAAAUGAGCUGAGGAUGAUAGGGAAUAAGCUGUCCAAGAUUCCCCUAGCUACACUCUCAGGACUGGAGAAUCUUACUGCUCUUUACCUUCAGGGCAAUCAGCUAACCUUUGAGUCUAUUGAUGGGGCCUUCAUUGGGCUCAAGUCUCUAGUGUAUCUGGACAUCAGUGACAACAAGCUCAAUAAUCUACCCUCAAGCCUACCAACCUCCCUGGAAACUUUAUAUGCAGACCAGAACAAUAUUAACAGCAUUCCUACUGGCUACGUGCAAGAGCUGCUGUCCUUGCAGUAUCUACGUAUCUCUCAUAACCAGCUGGUUGACACAGGAAUCCCUGUAGACACCUUCAACGUCUCGUCUCUCAUUGAACUGGAUCUCUCUUAUAAUAAACUCCACACAAUUCCUGAGGUCAAUGAGAAAUUGGAGAAUCUCUACCUACAAGUUAACAGGAUCAACAGAUUUGACUUAUCCAGCUUCUGCCAGUUUCCAGGAGCCUCUUCUAGGCUAACAUAUUUGCGCCUGGAUGGCAAUAAUAUAUCGCAGAGUAGCUUGCCAAAGGAAAUAUCAACCUGCCUCCGCCGAGUCACUAUGCUACUUAUUGAUUAGAAGCUCUUAUCCACCUACUCUCUUUAUUAGCCUAGUAAUUUAAAUCAGAACCCUGACAACUCUCCAUCCCAAUUCUAUGGAGUAAACCAUAACCUAAAUCCCCAUUCCAUUUGAACCCUGUGGAGUGAACUACGGCCUAGAUCUCUACCAUAUAUACCCUCGGGAGUAAACUAUGGCCUAGGACUCCAUACCAUACUAACCACAGGCUGAAUCCCUCAACCAUACCAACUUUGUGGAGUGAACCACAACCUGGAUGCCUCUGCCAUACUAACCUUCUGGAGUUAUCCAUGGAUCAUCCUGGAUCAAGUGCUUCGUCCCAUACUAUCUCACAGCUUAUCUCUGUGUUGCAAUUUUAAUUAAGGGAACAAGGCUUGACCACACCAGCCCAUUAUUUCGAUUAAAUUCUACAGUGAAAGCCAUAAUUUGAUGAUAACUCUAUUUUGGUUAUUUGAUAUAAAAAUAAACUGGCUCCACAGUAGAUUGUUACAAUAGAUCUGCAAGCAAAAUUUCAAUACAGGUAUAGAAUAUUCAUUUAUAGAAUAUGCAUCAAAAGCUACACUAUAUGCUCCUGGCUAUGAUAACAACUCUGUGUGAGCUCAGUAUCACUGGUCUGCUGUAAACAAGGAGUGGAUAAGGUACUAUUUAGAAUGAUUGCUAAUGCGUAAUUGUUAGUAAUACAAAAAGUAUUGCACACCUUCUACACAUACACAAAAAGAACAGGUGUAGAUAAUGGUUGUAUGUUUUACACAUGAAGCAAAUUAGUAGCAUACAUGAACAUCUUUUUCAGAGAAUUAAAAAAAAAAAUCCUCGGAUAAUAUUUUGACUUCCUAUUUGAAAUUACAUUCCUUUGCUGUGCAAUGACAAUGUACUCAAACUAGACCUACAGUAAAUGUACAGAUCAUGCUUAAAUAUAACUGCAAUGGCAGAAGGAAAGUAGCAAUGCUCAAGAUGUCCUCUCAAGGAGCUAAACGAUUGCUUAAAACAAACUGCUUGUACAAGUAUAUGUCUGACUGGAUUAUUAAAACUGUAUUCAAACAACUUAAUAAAGGAUCAAAUGUGAA